AUGAAAUCUCCGCGUAGAGGUGGUAAUUUCAUAAUUUCAACCCUUUUUUUUGAGAAAAACGAAGGAGUCCUCUUUUGGUCCCCACUGGUCCCCGUUUGUGUUCGUCACUCCGCAUCUCCUCGCAUAGUCGUUCAUCGAAGACUUCAAAUCCGGCAACGACUUCAAAUCCGGCGGAAUACGCCGUCAAACGACUUCAAAUCCGGCGAAAUCGAGUAUAUAGCACUUGAAAUCCGUCACCGAUGGACCGCCAAUUCCCCGAUGUUAUGGCCGAUGGAUACGGUUCCCGGGAACGAUUUUUGGGAUGAUCCAUUCCGCGGAGGGGUACGUCAGUCCGCAGAGGGUGCUCCACGGAGUGAUGUGUUACCUCCGCGGAAUGUUAUAAUCGAAGAAAUGCAGGUCUCCGCGGAGGUGAAGGUCACUCCACAGAGAGGCCUCCGCGGAAUGACAUUAAAAAUGGGUCUACACGGACGAGACGUUAAAACGGACAUUCCUGCAGCAGUAUACAAGCUUGCUGAUAAUAUAGAUGAUUGGAACAGGUUUGCAUGGGGUACGUAUUUCUGGAAAUAUACUUCGCGUUUUAUGCGUGGAAUGUUUAAGAAAAUAGAAGAGUUUAGAGUAUUGAAGCAGUCCAAUCCCGAAUCCAAGAAAGUACACAAGUAUACCAUUGUCGGUUUUAUGCUUCCGUUUAAGGUUACUUUCUAA